AUGAGGACUUUGGUGCUGCUGCUGUUACCUCUGUUCAGCCACUUUGCAUACUCAGGUAAAAUUUUAUUGACGUAUAUUUAAAGUAGUCAAACCAGAACCCUAAACACUGUCUAGUUUUAUGAGUCAUGUCUGAGCAAAGACUCUCAGCCAUCCUGUAUGUUGAAAACAUAAGAGUGCUAAACCUAGCUAGCUUUAAAUAAUAUUUAAAGAGUUUGAAGAUGAUGUUUUUAACAUGAUACUGAAUGUAUAAACUUUGUUGUACAGCCAAACACUCCCUGAAGUUUAUCUACAUUGCUUCGUCUGGAGUCCAGAACUUCCCAGAGUUCAUCGGGGCUUCAGUUGUUGAUGAAGCCAUGGUGGUUUACUGUGACACAAAGAUCCAUAUCAAACAGGACUGGAUGAAUGAAGUGUUUGAAAAAGAUCCUCAUCAUUUGGAGAUCUACACUCAAGCAUGUCUGGAGAGCCAGCGAAACUACUUCAAGGAAACCAUCCACAGCUUGAAGUGGCGCUUCAACCAAAGUGAGGGUGCUGUGUUUUCUGCACUUUAACAGUUCUCCGGUUUAUUGUAAUGUUAGGAUUAAGUUGUUUUUUACAUUACCUAGCAAAGAAAUAUAAAUCCAUGUAAUGCACAUGUGCUGAUUUGGCUCUAUCACUACCAGUCAGUCAGCAUACCUUCGUAAUAGCUGCAGGUUAGACAUGCUGUCAGGCGUGUCAGACACAAACUCAUCCUGCGCCAGACAAAUUUAAUUUCUCAAGUCACACAAGAGUCAAAAUAGCUGCACAAUUAUAUCUUUAAAUCAGGAAGCAAGGCCAUGACUUCGCAUGUGUCUGCGCCGGUUUUUCCCCAGUUUUGAUGUCACUAGUUACUGACACUGACGCAGGUCCAACAAGACUAAACACAGUGGGAGGGUGAGGCCAACUGGCACAGGUGAAAACAUUAAGGGUGGGGCCAACAAUUAAACCAUCAGAGACACACAAAACAACAGCUGAAGUACAGCGAACAGUGUGUAGUAUGAUGCACAGACAGAAUAAAACAACAGAGAAAAAUCUUAUUGUGGUUUUAGAAGGGGUUAAUUAAACCAAACAUGUAAAUGAACACAUGCACUUUGAAUGAGUCCUGGAGAUUUGAUCUGUACACCUGUCUCUGUGUCUUCCAGGUGUUCACAUCCUACAGAGAGUGAGCGGCUGUGAGUGGGAUGAUGAGACUGGAGAGUUCAGGGGUUAUAAUCAGUACGGUUAUAAUGGCGAAGACUUCAUAUCAUUUGACUUGGAGACAAUGACGUGGGUUGCUCCAAGACCGCAUUCCCUCCUAACCAAAGAGAGAUGGGAUUCUGAUAAAGCCAGAAAUAAUUUCAAUAAGUACCACCUCACUAACGUUUUCCCUGACUGGCUGAAGACGUAUGUCGACUAUGGAAAGAGCUCUCUGAUGAGAAAAGGUAGAGUCACAUGGUUUGAUGUUGAAGCACACUGUUAUUUCUGUCUGCAGCUCAUCAGACAGAUGUAGAUGUCUGCACCUGCAUCAGAUUUCCCCGAUUACAUGAAGAAAAGCAAAUAUAAGGUGUAAAGAGUAUAUCUCUCCCCAGAUUUUAAAACUUUAUGUACCAGAAAACCUGUUUAACAGAUCAUAUGUGGUACAUAGACUUGAGAGAAUGCUUCAAAUUCACUGUUUACAAUACUCUUACCUUCAUUUGCUGCCACUUAAAAAGGUCAAAGUACAAACUUCAAGAGGUAAUUUUUCAUUCCCACUCAGAAAUGUGUCCUGUAUCGACUGUCAGAAUGAAAAAUUGUCUGUUUUCACUUUGAUAGUAAAUCUGAGAUCGUUCACUUUCUCUAAUCCUCUCUCUCACCCUGUUCAGACCUCCCCUCAGUGUCUCUCCUCCAGAAGUCUCCCUCCUCUCCGGUCACCUGCCACGCCUCAGGUUUUUACCCUGACAAGGCUGUGAUGUUCUGGCGGAAAGACGGAGAGGAGCUUCAUGAGGACGUGGACUACGGAGAGAUCCUCCCCAACCACGACGGAUCCUUCCAGAUGAGUGCUGACCUGAAAGUCCCAUCUGAUGACUGGGGGAAGUAUGAAUGUGUGUUUCAGCUCAGUGGAGUGAAGGAGGACAUCAUCACUAAACUGGACAAAGAAGUCAUCAGGACCAACUACAGUAAGACUGUACUUUAGUCAGGCUGGGGAUUCAUCUGAGAGUUCAAAUCCAACUCUUUAUGCUUUUACAUAGAAUUUUAAAUAUGUACGUUUUUAAACAUUCAUGAUACUGAAUCAUCUGAAACUUAAUUUACUGUUAAAAUCUUAGAAGCCUGUAAAAUGUGAUGGAAGGAUGGGUAUUGUUUUUGUUUUAUUGUUUUGUUCUGAUCCACAGAAACUCCCAGUGACGUGACCCUCCUCAUCAUCAGUGCUGUUUUUUCUGUCUGUGUUCUUCUUCUCAUCGCUGCAGCUACUUUGAAGAAAAAGAGAGGUAAAUGAUCAGAUGAUGUUGAAAGUAUAAGACCUUAAAAAUAGGCCUAACAUAAGGAAAAUAGAUGUUUGUCUUAAAAGGUAAAAGAAAUAAAGAAUAAAGUAUAAAACACAGUUACUAAUAUGUAUUUCUUUGCUCAUUUGAGUUUACUGCCUUCAACCCUGUCAGUUAAAACCUAUAAUCUAUUUGUACGGAUCAUAAAGACUUUAUGUUGUUUAUUAAGUUUUUAUGCUUUUGUUUUUCAUAAAACUUUGGUGUCAGGUGAAUUGACUUUGUAAAGUUGUUGAUUAACAUUUGUUUUCUUUGUUUCCUCACAGUUCCUGAAAAUGACAGCUCAGAGCUUUCUGACAGACUGAAUCCAGACAGCUGAUGGAUGAACACACUGAAUGAGUAACUGAAUGAAUAACCUCAUAAAAGUGAAGAGCUGGCUUUGAAUCAGUUUGAUAAAUGACUUCACAUAUUUUGAAUUACAUCAAUUUACAAUAUCACAGAAAAAUAUUUGUAUCUUAAUUUUUCUGGGUCUUUAAAAGUGUGUUUCCUAUGGAAGUAACUGGUCGUUAAAAAGUGUUUUGUAUAUAUUAAAUGUGACAUUUUUAUAAUAUAACAGAUUUCUGUGAUCAGAAAAACUGACAGACUGUUAAUUCCUUUAGCAACAACUACUGUGAGUGUAAAUAAGAUUUAUUGAUAAUGACUUAAUUUUUUAAAUAUAGAAUUUGCCAUAGUACAGAUAAUAAUACACCUCUGCGUAGUUUGGAGAAACAUUGUGCAAUAUUUACUUAUUUCUAUUUCCUGUGUUUUAUUUGUGUCGUUUCUGUCUUGUGGUUUCAGGAAGUGACGUAUUUUAAUGUGAAGUCUCGCGUUCUCGAUACAAAUGCAGCAUAGCAGCACAACUGUGCAAUACUGUAACUAAUGUCUAUAAACCUUAUCAUAUCGUCACUCAAGAGUGGUUAUGAAGAUAAACCGAGUUUGGAGACAUAUGCUAAAUAUUAGAAACUUAUAGUCACUAAACCAGACUUUCACUGCUCCAACUUACAGUUUGUUUAUAUACGGUCAGCACAAUUAAUGAUAAAAUAACAUGCACCGUUUGCUAUUUUUGUACAAAAGUUUUUAUUUUGUUUGAAUAAAGUAUAGAUAGAUAGAUAGAUAGAUAGAUAGAUAGAUAGAUAGAUAGAUAGAUAGAUAGAUAGAUAGAUAAAGGGUACAUUUGUAUGAAUUUUCAAAAUAUACUGUUUCUACUAACCUAUUACAGACACCUCUGAAUAACAGUCUGUAACACCUGUCCUUGUUUAAAAAUAAAGAGAGGGAAGUCUAACUUUAACACCUGUGCAGAUUUUAAUAGAAAAGUUUCCACUUAUAUUUAUUUUAUAAAGAUUUAUCUAUCUGGUUUGAGAGAACCAGUCUAAAGCCAUCCUCACCUGAGCUACUUCUGAAGGGAAAGCGGAACUACAAAAUACCUGUGCCGUUUAAGUCCAAUAAUAAAACGAUUGAAAAUAAAAAAUAAAUGUAUUUUUUACAGCUUUUUCUUUGUCACUUUUUACCACCAGUUCUAGUCACUUUUGAUUCUUUGAGCUAUUUGCUUUAUUUUGAAAUACUUUACUUAUUGUGCUGUACAAAGCCAAAAUAAACAUGGUCGGAUGAAAACAGCAUGACCAAACCACGUGACUGACUCAGCAUUCAGCAUGAGCGGGCUCUGAUGACAACCAGAAGUGAAAUUUUAGUAAAAUACUAUCUACUAAGUGCGGAAGGAUUUAAUUUAGGUAGCAAAGUAUUCUCCAAUAAGUUUAUUAGAAAUGUUUUGACUGCACAAUAUUUCCCUUAUCAACUAAAAAGAGAAUCUGUUCUGAGAGAUUUCAGUGUUGAUGAAGCAAGAACGAUGAGAAAAUGAUAUUAGUCUUAUCCAAUUCCUCAUGAAGCAAAACAGGUCACAUUUAAAAUACUAAAUGACAUUUAUCCAUCAAACUACUGCCUACAUUUAAGAUUUAAUUGGGAUAACAAUAUGUGUGGAUUUUGUGAUAGCGACAUUGAAACAGUAGAACAUAUUUUCUUUGAAUGUGAGCAUGUUGUACACUUUUGGACAUUAUGUCAAAAUUGGUUAUUAUCUAAACAAAUUAUUUUGCCCCCAUUAUCAAUCAAUCUAUCAAACUUUAUUUUUAAAGCACUUUUCAUACAUAUGAUGUAGCACAAAGUGCUGUCCAUUCAAGCAGGAUAUUAAAAACAAUAAAAUAAAAUAAAUACAAAUACCAAACCCCACCCACCCUCCUGACACCCAUUCAACACAUUCAGCACUCACACACAAAAGGCCAGGACUCUUCAACUUGCCACAGAUGACUGAGGAAACGCUAUCUUGAGUUAAAUGAAAUGAGGAAACACUGGAUCUAGGACUAAAACGAUAAAACCAUAAUAAAAUAUAAUAAAGGUGAUAAAGCAUUAAAAGUUAAUUGAAUAAAACAGUCUGAAAAUCGAACAAUAAAUGAAAGUAAAUCAAAAAAGAUGUAAUAAAACACAAAAUUAUUACUCUAGAACUAAAAUAGGGUAAAAUCACAUCAUGCAGAUUAAAAGAUUAAAACAAAAUUCAACUAAAAGCCAGAUUUAAAAGGCAGGUCUUGAGUUUACUUUUAAAAAUAUGAACAGUAGGUGUCGCUCUCAGGUCUACAGGUAGGCUAGUUCAGUUUUUACUUCGGGAACAACUAGAAGACCACGACCUGAAGACCUGAGAGCUCUACCAGGCUCAUACGGUAGAUAAAUAAGAGGGACCAAGACCAUUAAGAGCUUUAAAAACUAACAAAAGAACCUUAAAAUCUAUUUAAAAGACACAGGUAGCCAAUGCAGAGAUUUUAAAAUUGGUGUGAUGUGGGCUCUCUUCCUGGUCUUUGUCAGCAUGUGUACAGCUGAAUUUUGUUGGAACUGAAGCUGUGAAAUGUUCUUUAAACUGAAUGUCGAUCAGUUAAAGUAAAAGACCUUGGUGAACACUUUAAUUACACUUUGAAAACAUUUCAUACACAGAUGUAAAUAUCUCAAGAUGAAGCCCCACUUCAAUAGAUGGACAAACGAACUCAGUACAUACAAAAAAUCUUUGAACUACAUGAAAAACAAAAACGCCCUAAACGGUUUUCUUUACUCGACUACUCUGUAAGUCGACUACUCGACUUAUUCACUAUCCCAGAAUAAGACCCUAACAUUCUCUUUUCUUUUUUUUCAUGUUCUUUUGUUAAUCUAAAAAACUGGUUAAACACUUUGUACUCUAAGUACCACCAAUGUGCCUUUAAUGUUUGAGUUUCGACGAAUACUAACACGUUUACAAAAAAAAUACCAUCUAAAAAUGACGGCGACGGCGUUGACUCUUCCUGGUUCUGUCUCGGUUCAGAGAGGAGUGAAGGACCACCACCUCUCAGUGUUCUUCGGCUAAUACCAGCAGCUGGAGAUGAUGAUGCUCCUCCCUCAUAGCGGUCUUAUUUAGAAAGAGAAAGAGAAACUACAAAUAUCAUAACGGUUCUGUGUUCAUGAAGGGACAUCUUGAGCGUUUAACAAAGUCAAGUCAGCCAACCUGAGGAUCUUCUGAACCUCGUACAAAAACAUGAAGACGUCGGUGUUGCUGUUUCCUCUGUUCAUCCUCUCCGCAUGUUCAAGUAAGAGCACUCUUAAAGAUUUACCAUCAAAUCUACCUGAAGCUUUUUCACAGUAAAUGUAAAAAUAUAUAGCCCUUAUAGCUUCUUUAUGGUUAGGGGAAGUGGAAAUGUCGAUAAAGUUCAGUUCCUGACUUUAGUUCCGUUUAUUCAGAUCAGAAGUAACAGUCCUGUAAGCACAGCUCACAGUUUCUGCUCUACGCACUUUAGAGCAAAAAUAAACAUCUACAGCCUGAAUCAGAAAUCAUUCUUGGUCUGAAUAGAUCUUUUUUUAUACACACACACACUUAACAGUGAGUAUAGUUUCAAAUAACUCUUUUGCUUCGAAGAUAUUAAGAUAGUUUAGUAAAUUAGAGGCAUGACUGGCUUACCCCAUGAAUACUUCCCCAAACUAUAAUGGCUGCAAAAGUUAAUGAGAAAUAGAAUAAUGUAAUUAGAGUGAAUCCACCUGCUUUUGUUCAUACUGUUAGAUGAUCUCUUUAGGCACACUGACAGUACCUCAAUUAUGUCUGUUGUUUAUUCAAAACUGUACCUUUUCUAAACUUUUUCUACCUUUCCCCUCACCUUUGAAAAGGAGAUAUACUGAAAUUUUAAUCUAUUUUGGCCUCUCUUAUAUUUAUAUCUGAAUCAGAUCACCUGAGAUGUGAAUGUAAGAGAGGUCAGAAAGGGUGAGUAAAGGGCUCACAAAGUCCUUUAGAGAUCCCCCACCCUCACGGGUUUGAUGCUUUGACAGUGUGGUCCUGACCUCCUCGUGAACUUCCACAUGUGCUUCCACUUCCACUCUAGAGUCAACUGAAACCACAUCCGUGUAUGAGACUGUUAUGUUCUCAGGGUGCUAAACUAUUUUAGUCAGCAUGUUCUCUUUAUACAGUUUAGUGUUGCACCAGUGGAGAAAAGCACCUGAAAGAAAAAGCAAAUUUCAGACCACCUUCCACUAUGACUGAUGAGUUUGUAUGUGACAGUAGCUGAGGACAUUUUGAAUGCAUGUACUUGUUUUUAUUUUGGUCCUCAUGGUCUCAUUUUAUAUUGCAUUACUUUUGUAUUGUCUGAGUUCCUUAUGACAUAAAAAUGGCCUUAAAUUCUUUGCUUUCGAUUUCGAUUUGCCUUCAAUUGCUUUUUGUUUUUAUCUGUCCUUUUCCGUGUGCCCUGUGACUAUAUGUCAAAGCACUUUGUAAACUUCUGUUUUUUAAAAGUGCUAUACAAAUAAAGUUAUUAUUAUUAUUAUUAUAUAACUCAUUCAUUAGCUACAAAAACAAGCCUUAUAUUAAGAAGAGCCAUUGCUGUACAUUGCGGGACAUAUAUUAAAGUUUAAGCAGUGUAUUUGUAUAAUGAUUCUGAAUUUAUCAUUUUUGUUUUACAGCCAAACACUCCCUGAAGUAUAUCAUGAUUGCGUCAUCUGGAGUCGAAAAUUUCCCAGAGUUCACCGGAGUUAUGGUGAUUGAUGAUGUCGUGGUGGUUAGCUGUCAAACAAGGAUGUACGUCGUACAGGACUGGAUGAAUGAAGUGUUUAAAAAUGACCCGAAACAGUUUAUGAUCCACAACCAGUCGUGUGUGGAGCACGAGCGCAACUACUUCAAACAAACCAUCUACAACUUGAAGGAGCGCUUCAACCAAAGUGAAGGUGAUUUGUGUAAUAUCUAAUCAUCUUUACAACACAACAGUUCUUCAGAUUAUUAUACUGUUAAAAAAGGUUACCCUCCACACAGUCUUGAUUUUAUAGCCUCAUUACAGCAACAUAACAUGAAAUACCAUGUAAGGCUCAUGUUCACAUACCUGCAGAGGCUCGAUCACUUCCAGCCAGUCUGCUGUUUUUUUUUUUUUACCUGCAGAGGACAGAUCUGAGCUGCUGAGUUUUGUUAGGGUUAAAUUUCAUUGAGAAAUGCAGCUUAGAAAAAGUUUGAAAAUAACUUUAUAAUGUGAAUGAAUUUAUCAAAAUAACCAGAUGAAUGUUUAGUUGGCAUAUACAUUAAAGAAGAGCACAGUAGUUAUCAGCACUUUGAUAAUGAGCAGACUCAGACAGACAGGUGUUACUCUUUACUUGUAGAUUCCUUCUGCACAGUUUUCUCUAACUCUGUCUUCCAGGUGUUCACAUCGUACAGAGAGUGAGCGGCUGUGAUUGGGACAAUGAGACUGGCGAGUCAAUUGGUUUUGACAAGUAUGGUUAUAAUGGGGAAGACUUCAUAUCACUGGAUGUGGAGACGUUUAAGUGGGUUACCUCAAAGACACAGGCCCUCUCCACCAAACUGAACUGGGAUGCAGACAAAGGCAAAGCAAAUAGGGGCAAGCAUUACCUAACUGAGGUUUUACCCACCUGGCUGAAGAUGUAUGUCGACUAUGGAAAGAGCUCCCUGAUGAGAAAAGGUAGAGUCACAUGGUUUGAAAUGUCCUUUGUUAACCAAAGAGCUUUGUCGACAGAUAUUGUCAUACCAAUAAAACAACUGCAUGUAAGUUGAUGGUUAUUUAUGCACUAAUACAAAAACUUCAACUCUGUGCAGCAGAGAGAGUUUACACCACCAGGCCAUACUGGUCUAAACUCUCUAUCUGUUUCUGAGUCUCUUUCUUUCCAUUUUCAGACCUCCCCUCAGUGUCUCUCCUCCAGAAGUCUCCCUCCUCUCCGGUCAUCUGCCACGCCUCAGGUUUCUACCCUGGCAAUGCCUCAAUGUUCUGGAGGAAAGGUGAUGUGGAGCUUAACAAGGAGGAUAACGAGAUCCUCCCCAACCACGACGGAUCCUUCCAGAUGAGUGCUGACCUGAAAGUCCCAUCUGAUGACUGGGGGAAGUAUGAAUGUGUGUUUCAGCUCAGUGGAGUGAAGGAGGACAUCAUCACUAAACUGGACAAAGAAGUCAUCAGGACCAACAACAGUAAGACUGUACUUUAGAUCAGGCUGGGGAUUCAUCUGAGAGUUGAAAUCCAACUCUUUGUGCUUUUACUUAAAGUUUUAAAUAUGUAACUUUUUUAACAUCCAUGAUACUGAAUCAAAUGAGAUUUAAUUUGCUGCUAAAAUCACAGAAGCCUGUAAAAUGUGAUGGAAGGAUGGGUAUUUUUCACUGUUUUAUUUUGUUUUGAUCCACAGAAACUCCCAGUUACAUCAUCAUCGUCAGUGUUGUUGUUUCUGUCUGCGUUCUUCUUCUUCUUCUCAUCGCUGCAGCUGCUUUGAAGAAAAAGAGAGGUAAAUGAUCAGAUGUUGAAAGUAUGAGAUGGGUAUGGACCUUACAUGAGGAAAACAGAUUUUUUUCUUAAAAGAUACGGACUCAAAAUUCUUUCCAAGUAUUAACCACAGUCACUAUUUUUUUCUUUUGAUAAUUUCAGCUCACUGCCAUCAAUCCUGUAAGUAAAAAUCUAUCAUCUUAUUUGUUCAGAUUGUAAAGACUUUAUGAAAACAUGUUUUGUUUAAUUUACUUUGGUGUCAGAAAAAUUGACUUUACAAAGUUGUUCAUUAACAUUUUGUUUUUGUCCCGCAGCUCCUGAAAAAAACAGCUCUGAGCUCUCUGAGGGACUGAAUCCAGACACCAGACACCUGAUGGACAAACAAACUGAAGAGUAACUUUUAAAAAACUUUUAAGACUCAUGACUGCCUGUGAAUAAAAGCUAACUAGAUAUAAAUCUGCUUUAUACAAGCGCAUGACAAAAACUGUUUUAUACUACAUGUCAAAGGAAUGAAAGCUACAGAGCAUUUUAAGCGUUCGAUGCUACUUUUAUUAUUUUACAUUUUUUUAACAUUACAGAUUUUUGUAAGACAUGAACUCCUGAAACUGUGUUUGCAGUGUUACAUUUAGCAGACAGCAAAGAAAGAUACAUGUGAACAAAAAUCCUUCAGGGUCACAGAAAAAGUGUCUGCUCUUCAGAGAAACUCGUGACAGGUCAAAGUAUCAUCUCAGUGAAACUCCCACAGCCACAGCAGCUUCCACUUUUUCAACGCUCAGUGUUUUUUAUUGUGCACUUAUAAAUAUUGAUGAAUGCUAUGGUAACAUGCUUGUUUUGUAUUUGACUUGUGAUGAUGUUUUUUUAAUAAAAUACCCAACUUCAAAAGUUGAGAAAAGUCCUCUGAGUCAUCUCUGAAUGAACCUCCAGUAAUAUUUAUGCUCUUAGAUAAUGAUCUUAAUAAACUGUUGCUCAGGUUUAAGAGUUUCAGCCUCGCACGAAAAAGAAAGAAUUUUAAGAGACACUUCAUGACAACAUCUGCACAGAUUAAAGUACAAGUCCACUCAUGUUGACCUCCUGUAUAUUUUGUAAUGAUUAAUCCAUCAGACCUGAGAUCAGAUCAUAAUGUCAGACUAGAGCCACACCCACCUAACUCCUGCAGGAAAUACAGAAUCCAGACCAGUCUCCGUCCUUCAACAACGUGAAUCGAAACGAGAUGAAAACGUUCUUUUUGUUUGUUUUUCUCUGUCCUGUUUCAUCACCAGGUAAAUUCUUUAAGUCUUUCCUAAGAUUCGCUUUACUGUCAAUCAAAUAUGUGCAUGUUAUGCUGAUAAAGCUACUAAAGGCCUUAUUUUCUCUUCCUGCAGUCAAACACUCCCUGAAGUAUUUCACUGCUGGAUCCUCAGGGAUCCCAGACUUGCCUGAUUUUAUCGGAACAGCAGAGGUGGAUGAAAUUCCUGCAGCUUACUGCAACAGUGACAAAAUAGUCAAACCAAAAGAGGUUUGGGCGGAAAAAAUAAUUCAGAGUGACCCUGAUCACGUGGAGUGGUACAAAAAGCAGUGCUUUGUAAUUCAGCCGCACUUCUUCAAAGCUAGGAUUAAUAAUGUGGUGACGCGCCUCAAUCAGAGUGCAGGUAGGCUAAACUUAUUCAGUUUCUUCUUCUUUCACAGCACUAAUUUGUAGACACAUUAGUUUUUCAAUUGCCCCCAUGUAUUGUGACUGGUUAUCUUCAAAUCCAAUUCAUUCAUGGAAAUAAAGUCAUUUGAAUCCAUAAUUAAAGCCGCCACAGGGUCUUGCAACUUGUAUCUUGUGGACGUCACUGACUAUGGAAAACACAAUACAGGUACUGAUCUGUUCACUGUAAUGUAGAGGAUUGUUCCUGGCAUGAGCCUGUCCCUGUAAGUAGGUGGUUUAUUGGUCAUUUAGACAGUAAUGUGAGUGAGUCUGUGUGUGUGUGUGUGUGUGUGUGUGUGUGUGUGUGUGUGUGUGUGUGUGUGUGUGUGUGUGUGUGAGAUCAUCGCAGUAGUUGUGUGUGUAGCAGCUCCGAAUAAAAGUACGCUGUUCAGAGGUUAUGCUCCGUUUUUUCCCAUGUUUCUUCCUGCCAUGUCAGCUGAACCAGUGAGUUACCAGCCUUGAAGAAGCCAAAGUAGCUGUCCCAAACCACGGCUAGGAACGAGGUAGCUGAUAAGGUAACAGGGUGCAGAUUGAAAGGAGUCCCAAAGACUCACUGUUUAAUGAUGAGAGGUUGGAGAUCAUUGAGCCAGAGGAGCGCACUCGCCACAGACAACAGUGUUUAGGGUAAAGCAUCAUUCAGCUUUCUCUGAUUUCAUUUAGGGGUAGAUAUGUUCAACAGAUUGAAAACGCAAUAUUUCCUGUGACCAGUAGGGAGUGACAUAGCUCAUAGAAAAUAUUGCAUGUAGUCCUAACUUCCUGAUUUAUAUGUGGUACCAAGUUCUUUGUUAUAACCUGACCUUAUAUAGUUCCUCCCACUUUGUGUUUUUUAGUAAAUGUUCAAUCCACCAAAAGAAAAAAAUAAACAUUUGCACAUAAAAUAGGGCUCUGAUAGGUGUCAUAUUGAUACUGAUAUAAGUGGUUUCUUUCCAAAUGAAAAAUGUAUUUGACAGCAAAUCAAAUGUAAGGCUAACUAGUGUUUCUAUUAUUUCUAUUUUUGUUUUUUGAUAUUUCAGAUAUCGCUAUAAACUGUCUGUGUGUCCCUCUUUCAGGUGUUCACGUCUUACAAAGAAUAAGUGGCUGUGAGUGGGAUGAUGAGACCGGAGAGACUGAUGGUUUCAAGCGCUUUGGUUACGAUGGAGAAGACUUCAUAUCGUUUGAUGUGAAAAAUCUAACAUGGAUCGCUCUGACACAAAAGGCUGUCUCUACAAAACUGAGCUGGGAUACUGACAAAGCUCGAUUAACACCCUACAAGAACUUCCUUACUCAGAUUUGUCCAAAGUGGUUGAGAGAGUAUGUGAACAUGAGCAAACACUCCCUGAGAAGAAAAGGUACAUGGACGUGCCCAGUUUUAUUUAUCUGGAUAAACCCCCAGUGUGUGUAACUCAAAACUUUUUAGAUAAAUAAGGAUCAUUUUGAUCCUAAAAUCAGUAUUAUCCUGUACACACCUUUCUUUUUUUGUAUGUUUCCCUUCAUCUUUCUCUCUCUUUUCUUCUCUCUCCUCAGACCUCCCCUCAGUUUCUCUCCUCCAGAAGUCUUUCUCCUCUCCGGUCACCUGCCACGCUUCAGGUUUCUACCCUGACAGAGCCCUGAUGUUCUGGAGAAAAGAUGGAGAGGAGCUUCAUGAGGAGGUGGACCUCGGAGAGAUCCUCCCCAACCACGACGGAUCCUUCCAGAUGAGUGUUGACCUGAACAUUACAUCUGUCGAACCUGAAGCCUGGGGGAGGUUUGAAUGUGUGUUUCAGCUCCAUGGAGUGAAGGAGGACAUCAUCACCAAACUGGACAAAGAAGUCAUCAGGACCAACUGGGGCAUAUCUGCUCCAGUUAAACCUAAACGUGAGAAACAUAUUUCUUGCUUUUCAUUGCUAAAUGGUUUUAUUAUUUUUCAUACUGCUCAGACUUUUGUAACUGUGUUUGUGAAAUUGUGAAAAGCAAUACAACUGCUGGGUAAUACAAAUGAUACAAAACAUAGUUCUCAUUCAAGACUGAUAUCAGUGUUCACUUAAACAUACUCACAUCCCGCUUCACUGAGAGUUGGGACGCUGUGUAAAAUAUUGAUCAAAUGGAAAAUCAUUUGAACACAAGGCAAAUGUUGAAGCUGGAGACUAAUUCAACUCUUUUGCUCUUUUUAAACCCAACACCUGCCCAACAUUUAUGAAUAGUCAUGUCUAGAAACAGGCACGUGUUGCAUCGUCUCCUCCUGUGACAACAUUUAGAAACCAAGAAAACCAGUUUCUGGAGUUUUGGAAGUUAAUUCUGUCUGUUCUUUUUCCUGAUAUGGGAUUUGAGUUGCUCCACUGCCUGUUCUUUUCAUAAAGUUUAAUGCUUCCUGUAAAAAAGAGGCUUACUUUCAUUUUUAAAUAUGUGUUCUGUUGGCAUGUUAAGUUGGCUCCCAGCUGCCUUUACAGCAUUUGCAGGAUUGUAUAUUUCAGCAGAUUAAUGCUUGUUGUUCUAACUUGUUUGGUUAUCUGUUCUGUUUGUGUAUUUGUUGUUGGUGUUGUUGUGUCUUCCUCAGCUGAGGGUCCUGAAUGGGUCUCACUCGUGGGUUAUGUUGUGAGUGCUCUUAUUUUGGUCCUUGUCUGCGCUGUUUGUGGAUUCACCUUUUACAAGAGGACGACACGUCGGCUGAGCCCUGAAACAACACAGAGAAGUGCAACCCGUGAUCCACAUCAUGAGGGGAAAGAGAGGUUACACACACAUUGGCUCAGUCUAUCUCAAUAUGAGGGGCUUUAAAACAAAUCAAAGACAGUUCCAGGUUAGAACAGACGUCUAAAUAUGACCUUUAAAGACUGUAGCACAGAGGAUUGUCUCCUUGGGUCUGAUCUGUUUGGAGGUUUGUUUUUACACACAGACAGGAAGAACCAGCUUUGGCAUUUCACUGGAUAAAUACUUCCUCGAGUCUUGUGUUAACAGGUUUAAAAAAAGGAGCAUCGCUAUCUUCAUCAAGAUGAUGAACAAGAUACAAUAAAACGUUUUCAGGUGAACUGCACAAAAAAGUCCCCGAAUACUAAAAAUAUUCGACUGCACUUAAAAGGAUUUGAUCAAACUCAAUUCAAACUUGUUUGUAGUGUAAAUAGCUUUUUUUUCACGUGUAAAUAUGAUGUUUUUAUAAUUAUAAAGAGAAAAAUAAUGAAGAAUAAAUAACCUUUUUAUGACAUGUUUUUGUACGGAUGUCGUAUUUUUGUCAAAUAAAGAUAUUCUUGUAAUAUGUUUGACUUUUAGUUGUGAAUUGAGUCAUCUCUAUAUAUUUUCAACAUCUACAGAUUAAAUAGAUUUGACUUCACUCUGCAGAGCUUUGAAGGAAAUUCACUUAAUGGUUCAUAAUUUGUGCUGGUUAAAGACAUGAAAAGUGAAGUUUAAGACAAGCAGUGAUACUCUUAACACUCAGUUAAUUUCAAGCAUUGUCUACCUGUCUUUAUUGUUGAUGUUGCUCAUUUCUUGGACCUCUCCUUAAUGAUUCAUGAUGCGUGUUACUCAUUCAAGGGUCUCAGAUCUGCAAUAGUGUACAAGCUAUUUUCUUGAGGUUCUGCUGCGUCCCCCAUCCUGCGCUUUGUAAGAAUGAGCCUUGUAAAUAUUUUGCUGAAAUAUCACCUUCCUUGAUUAGUUUGUUCUCUUUCAAGUGUUAAUAAGUUUAUUUUGAUUUUAUUACAUUAACUAUGUGAGGGUGAAAGAACUCUACAACUUCAGCACUUGUAAUAUGAAUUGCCUUUUAAUUAAACCCUUGCCCGUUACAACGCACUGACAAUCUAGAAUUCUAUAGAGGCCUGAUAUAAGUAAAAAUCAGUAAAGAACUCUAGUCAACAAAGAGCAUCAUGAAGACCAAGGAACUCACCAGACAGGUCAGAGAAAAAGCUGUGGAGAAGUUUAAAGCAGGGUUAGGUUAUAAAAAAUAUCCAAAGUUUUUUUAAUCACAAACAGAAAUUCUUCAAGUGACUUCAAAAGUUUUCGAUAUUUUAUUUAGAAUUCAUUAAAUAAUUUCUUUUUAUAAAUGACAAAAAAUGCAGUAAAUUCAUGAAAUAUUAUAAUACAAUUUUCUCUGAGACUGCCAAGUGGAUAAUUAUUUAUGUAUGUAUCCUUUUAUUUAAUUAUGAGUGCAUUUACUUUAAUUUUAUUGUAGGUCAUUAUUGUCUUGUCUCCUGUGUGUAUACUGUAUUUAUCUUGCUGUUUAAUCUGUCCUCACAUGACUCUCCGUGGUUCAGACAGGUGGAGGACCAUGACGUCUCAGUGUGCUUCGACCAAUAGCAGCAGUUGGCGGAGAUGCUCCUGAUACUCCGCCCUAAAGCGGUGUAAUUUAAGAAGACUAGAAAGCGAAACACCUCCACAGAAGUCGCAGUGAUCCUGAGAUUCUAAAUAUGAUUUUUUCUGCUCUUAAAAAAGUCAAGUCAGCCAACCUGGGAACUUUCUGAACCUUUAAGAAAAACAUGAAGACGUCGGUGUUUCUGUUUCCUCUGUUCAUCCUCUCCGCAUAUUCAAGUAAGAGCACUCUUCAAGAUUUACCAUCAAAUAUACCUGAAGCUUUUUAACAGUAAAUGUAAAAAAUAUAUAAAUUUUAUUCAUGGCAAGGGGAAGUGGAAAUGUCGAUAACAGUUCAGUUCAUGACCUGUUCUAUGCACUUUCAAAAGCUCGUAUAUGGAGCAAAAAUCAACGUCUACAGCCUGAUACAGAAAUCAUCUUUUUUUUUUUUUGUCCGAGUUGCUCAUAUCUUUAACCACAUACAUUGUUCAGUGGUACAGUUUUGAAUAACUUAUUCGUUUCUGAGAUAUUAAAGGGGUUAUUCCGGCGUAAAAAUAAUUUAGGGUUCAAACACACCGUAAAACCGAGUUAGACAUCCCAGGCCAGUCCAUUAAGGACCACAGCGGGGUGACGCAGCUCAAGGAAGAACAUUUAUGAUCAUUUCCUCAUGGAAAUGCAAUCAGACCGAGACGCUAAGGCAGAAGAACUACCGCAUCUGCAGUGAAAAAUGAUGGAUAUGGUGAUUAUUACUUCAAGGAAAUGAUAAAGAAACGAUCAGAAAUGUUCUUCCUUGACCUGCGACACCCCGCUGUAGUCCGUAAUGGACUGGCUUGAGGUCUAGCUACAAACAAGCGGCUGCUGGAAGAGAGUAGGUGAGUUGUGUUUAGUCUCUUUGCUAAAGAAAUUAGUCAAAGUUAAAAAGAUGUUUGGUGGCUUGUACUAUGUCUGUGACCCUAUAUGUACUGUUGAUGAAGUUAGGUGCUGUUCUGAGCAUUAUUUGUGGCUAUAGAGUGAUAUUUUGGUUGGCAUUUGUUUAUGGCGACUCAGACUGCUGUGUAUUGCUAUCCUGCGGACGUUACUAAAGUUGGUAUAACUAGAGAAGCAAGCAGUCAGCAACAUUCAUCUCUCGAGGGGGUGUCUAACUCAGUGUUGUGGUUUGUUCAACACUAAAUUAAUUUUAUGCCAGAAUAUCCCUAUAAGAAGGCAAUUUAAUGGCAUAAAUGACUUGCCCAAGAAGCCCCAUGAAAAGUUCCCCAAACUAUUAUGGCUGUAAAAUUUUAUGAGGAAUACAAUAAUGUAAUUAGAGUGAAUCCACCUGCCAGAGGAUCUAUUUUAGGCACAGUGACAGUACCUCAAUUAUAUUAGUUGUUUAUGUCCUCUUUAUACACCUCUAUGUUGGACUAAUGGAGAAAUCACCCGAAAGUAAAACCGAAUUUCAGACGAACUUUCUACCAUCGCUGAUGAGUUUGUAAUGUGAAUUAAUUUUAUUGUCUUGUAGUAUUAUCACAGUUAUGAAUAGUCAGAAGUGAAAUUGAAGAUAGUGUGUGUGACCUGUUGAUAAAGUCUUUGAAGUUUAUGCUCUCCAUUAGGAAUGGGCAUUGAUCGAUUAAUCAUGUAAAUUAAUGAGCAAUCAUCGAUGUAAUCGAAAAUACGCAAAAAAAAAACCCAUGUUUUUCAGGGGGGUUUUUUUGCAGGUUGGGCGCUCGCUGACAGCUCUUAAGUUAUAAAGUUAGAUCGAUCGGAAUUUUGCGUGAUCGACGUAAUUCUCAAUGAUCAAUUAAUCAAUCAUUGAUUAAUCAUGCCCAUCCCUACUCUCUAUGAUUAAAAAUAAAGAAUAGAAAAGGCAGUAGCUGCACAAAGUACGUGUGUUCAAAAUUUCCUCAGCUACUGCCUGAAUGCUGUAGUUGGCAACUACACUUAAGUAAUACACACAGUAAUCUGAAAUAGUUAUAAGUUUGAGGGUGAGAUCUGUCUAAUGAUUCUGAAUUUAUCAUUUUUGUUUUACAGCUAAACACUCCCUGAGGUAUUUCAUGACUGGGUCAUCUGGAGUCGAAAACUUCCCAGAGUUCAAUGUGGCUGUGGUAGUUGAUGAUGUCAUGGUGGUUGCCUGUCACACAAAGUUGUAUGUCAAACAGGACUGGAUGAAUGAAGUGUUUAAAAAUGACCCGAAACAGUUGAUGAUCUACACUGACUCGUGUGCGGAGAACGAGCGCAACGACUUCAAACAAAUCCUCCAUGGCCUGAAGGAGCACUUUAACCAAAGUGAAGGUGAUUUGUGUAACACUUAAUCAUCUAUCAAUCAUUUAAUCAACAGUUCUUCAGAUUAUUAUACUGUUAAAAAAGUUACUCUCUACAUGGUCUCGGUUUUAUUUAUGUUUAGUUGGCAUAUACUUAGACGAAGAGCACAGUAGUUAUCAGCACUUUGAUAAUGAGCAGACUCAGACAGACAGGUGUUACUCUUUCACUUGGAGAUUCCUUCUGCACAGUUUUCUCUAACUCUGUCUUCCAGGUGUUCACAUCUUACAGAGAGUGAGCGGCUGUGAUUGGGAUGAUGAGACCGGCGAGUCAAUUGGUUUUGACAAGUUUGGUUAUAAUGGGGAAGACUUCAUAUCACUGGACUUGGAGACGAUGAAGUGGGUUACCACAAAGACACAGGCCCGGAUCACCGAACAGAAAUGGAAUGAAGAGACAUGGAGAGCAAAUAGGGGCAAGCAUUACCUAACUGAGGUUUUACCCACCUGGCUGAAGAUGUAUGUCAACUAUGGAAAGAGGUCUCUGAUGAGAAGAGGUAGAGUCACAUUUCUUAACCAAAGAGCUUUGUAGUGACUAUGCUGACCUGAAUUUUCGUCACUGUCUGGGUGCAGGAGUGAGGUGUUUUUUAGGUGCUUCCAGUACAAUCUGAUGUUCAAUUCAAGGUUGUUGUUGAGUUAUAUUUUACCAUUUAUUGAUUCAAUGAAAAACAAAAAAAAGAUAAGUCCAACUUACAACAAUGGUGAUGUACGUGAUGAGGGUGAGGGUGGUGUUGGAGAUUUAUGGUAAAAAACGUGUGCUCUUCCCGUUCCCCAGAUCACUGCGUCACCUGUGUCCCUUUUGUAGCAUUUACCUGAAGUGCCCCUUGUGCCGAUUGUACGAGUAACAAAACAAAACCUAAAAAAAUAUAUAGAUAAAAUGGCUCAUACAAGCGUGGUCAAAACAUAUUGUCAUACCAAUAAAACGAUUGCAUGUGUGUUGAUGGUUAUGCACUGACAUGAAUACUUCAACUCUGUGCAGCAGAUCCAAUAUUUAAAAUACUGGUCUAAACUCUCUUUCUGUUUCUGAGUCUCUUUCUUUCUGUUUUCAGACCUCCCCUCAGUGUCUCUCCUCCAGAAGUCUCCCUCCUCUCCGGUCACCUGUCAUGCUUCAGGUUUCUACCCUGGUAAAGCCCUGAUGUUCUGGAGGAAAGGUGAUGUGGAGCUUGAUGAGGAGGUGGACCACGGAGAGAUCCUUCCCAACCACGACGGAUCCUUCCAGAUGAGUGCUGACCUGAACAUUGCAUCUGUUGAACCUGAAGACUGGGAGAGAUAUGAAUGUGUGUUUCAGCUCCAUGGAGUGAAGGAGGACAUCGUCACUAAACUGGACAAAGAAGUCAUCAGGACCAACGACAGUAAGACUGUACUUUAGAUCAGGCUGGGGACUUUUACUAAAAGUUUUAAAUGGUUUUAAUAUAACAUUCCUGUUACUGAAUCAAAUGAAACUUAUUUUACUGCCAAAAUCACAGAUGCCUGUAAAAUGUGAUGGAAGGAUGGGUAUUUUUCACUGUUUUGUUUUGAUCCACAGAAACUCGCAGUGACAUGACCCUCCUCAUCGUCAGUGUUGUUGUUUCUGUCUGCGUUCUUCUUCUUCUUCUUCUUCUUCUCAUCGCUGCAGCUGCUUUGAAGAAAAAGAGAGGUAAGUGAUCAGAUGAUAUUAAGAGCAGAUUUUUGUCUUAAAAGGUAAGAGAACAAAAAAUGAUAUUUCAUAGAGACCCAAAUAUUCCCUCAAAGUAUUAACCACAGUCAUUUUUUUAUUCUCUGCUUAUUUCAGCUCACUGCCAUCAAUCCUGUAAGUAAAUCUAUAAUCUGAUUUGUUCAGAUUGUAAAGACUUUAUGAAAACAUGUUUUGUUUAAUUUACUUUGGUGUCAGAAAAAUGGAUUUUACAAAGUUGUUCAUUUACAUUUUGUUUUUGUCCUGCAGCUCCUGAAAAAAACAGCUCUGAACUCUCUGAGAGACUGAAACCAGACACCUGA